GUUCUGCUGGCCGUGUUUACCAGGGUUGACCCCUUUUCCCUCGCGGCGCUUUGCCUGACGUCCCGAAAGCUAAAUGCCAUCAGCUCCAAUCCCUCGUUAUGGCGCGAACUCGCCUGCGCCCGUUGGGCGGUCCCGCAAACCAGUUCAUUUGCAACACCAGUCCCGGCACCCGCCACGACACUCGGCCCCGCCGGGCCGGGCCCGGCCGAGCCCGCCCAGGAGACCCGUCGUCGUGCGCCUUCCAGAGCACCAAGACCUAUCAGCGACCGAGGCUUCCUGCCAACUGGCAAACACGGGGAGAGCGUCGCGUGGAAGGCGCUGUUUGCUGGCGGCAACGGCUGGGAGCCUCCCCGGCUGCGGCACCUGCUGCUGCAGCCUGCCGGCGACUACAUCUCAGCAAUGCAGCCCUUUCGCAUGCCGUUGCAGAAUCACACGGAGAGCCGCGACCCAAUGGCACCUGGCCCUGGCACGCGUGCAUCAUACGCGGCAGCUGCGUCGGGUGCAGCGCCGGGCGGCAGCAGUAGCAGCGGUGUCAGCAGCGGCAGCAGCAGGGUAGCAGCAGCCGCUUCUGGCGAGCAACUACUGCUGGCACUGGCGGACAGCUAUGAGCUACAGGUGUGGCGGGUUCCAGCGGUGGCGGCGCCCGGGGCGGGUGUGGGGCUGCAGGACAGGCCACAGCCACAGGCGGGGCCGCAGCUCGCAGCGCCACAGCCGGGGCGGGGGCAGGGUUCGCGCGAGCCCGCGCCCGCACCGCAGGCAGCGGCAGAAGGCCGCGAGAGUGAGGCUGAGGGCGGCGCAUUAUCCCAGCACCAGCAGCACCAGCGCACACUGCAGCCUCUGGUGCGCGCUGCUGCCUACCCGCUGCCGCGUCACGCGCUCAUUUACUCCCUGGCCUGGAUUCCAGCGGCGGCAGCGUCGACCAUAGGUGAUGGCGCCGCCGCUGCCGCCGCGUGUGGCGCUGGCGCCGCUGCCAUCGCUGUGGCUGACGGUGGCAGGGGCAGGGGCACGGGCGCUGGCGCUGCAGCGGACGGCGCAGGCGGCAGCCCGCAGGGGGAGGCGCACCCGGUCAUCCUGGCCGCGGGCACACACCAGGGCGCCAUUGAGUGGUAUGCGUACGAGGGCGGCGUAACAGAAGGCGGCAACAGCAGCGCCGGCGCUGCGCCGGUAGCAUCAACGGCAGCAUCAGCUACAGGUUCUGCUGCUGUUGCUUCUGCUUCUGCUUCUGCAGCGGGCGACAGUAGCAGCUGUCGGUCCGACUCGCUGCGGCUGCUGAAGACCACGACCUGCGGCAGCACGCAGCCACUGGUGGACCUCCAUUUCCUCCCGCCAGCAGCACCUUCAGCAUCUCAAUCGCCAGAGUCUCUCCACAGCUCAGCUGCUGGCGGCCGCAAAUCCGGCCGCGGCGCCGCUGCCACCGAUGGCGGCGCGCAGUUCAGCGCCGCAGCGGGGCUCUGGGGCGACGCCGCCGCCGCCGGCGGCAGCAGCAGCAGUAGCAGCAUGACCGUGGGGAGACGUGGCGUGCUGGUGGGGCUGCAGGACGCGAGUUUCGCUCUGGCUGGUGUCGGCGGCGUGCGCAACACCAUCCAGCUGUUUGACGUGGGCACCAUGACGCACCUGGCCUCCGUCGUGGACCCGUUUGAGUCCCACGAGUUCGUGUGCUGCUGCCCGAUAGCCGGCGCGGCGCGCGCCGGCAGCGGCGGCGGCCUGUCCGUCUCCGUCUCCGCCGGCAUCGACCCCCACGUGCUGGUGGUGGGCUCUGUGCACGGCAGCUUCUGUACGGCGUGCUACCAGUACGGGCUGCCGUCGCUGUGCCACCACAAGGCCCGCUCCGCCACUGCAGCGCUGUCGACGCUGGACGUGCGGUGCGGCCGGCGCGGCCUGACGCAGCGGUUUGGGCUGCACCAUCGCAGCCUCUACCCGCGACUGGCCACCGCCCGGGAGCACUACAUCUUCACCAGCCACGCGGGCACACCCCUGGAGGUGUACGACCGGCGGGCCAUGUCUUCACCGCUGUUCUCCCUCGCCCACCUGCCGCGGCCCACGCUGGGGGAGGCGCACGCUGCUGCGCGGGGCGGCCAGGCGGCCGCGGCUGCUGCGGCCGCAACGUCCGGGGCCACGUGUUCGGCAGCAGGAGCGCCGGCGGCGUGGGGCGGCGCUGGUGCCUCCAGCCCCCGCUGCGGUGCGGGAGGGACGGCGCGGCCCGCCACUUGUGGAGCUGGCGGCGGCGGUGGCGGCGGCGGCGGCGCGGCGGCCGCGGCGCGGCGCCAGUGUGGGGCUGCUCGCCGGCGGCGGCGGCGAGGUACGGCAGCCCUCGGGGGCGGUGGUGAGGACAGCGACACCGAGGACGGCGAGGACGCGGGCCUGGAGGACGUGGAGGACGUGGAGGAUGCGGACGGCGGGGAGGGCCCGCAUGAGGAGCGGGACGUGGCGGGGCACGCGCCCAGUCGGCGCGGCUGGAGCCUGGGGCGUCCGGCGGGUGCUGCUGCCGGCGACCAGGCUGGGGCAGGAGCAGAUGGGAGGGAGGACGCGCACGAUGAGGAGGAGGAUAAGGAGAUGGGGCCGGGAGCGCCGUUGCCUGCUGCGGGCUGGGUGCCGGGAUACGCCGCGGCGCCGCACGAGCACCAGGGCCUGUGGCUGGAGGCGAGCGAGGACGUGUUGUUGGGGCGGGCGGACAAUGGCGCCGUGUUCGUGUGGGACCUCUCCACGGUGCUGGGGUGGGCGGCUGGCCCGGACCGCAGCGGGCUGUGGCACUACCUGUCAGAGUACGGCAGCAGCGGGGGCGGCGGCGGCCGCAACGGAGAGGAGGUGGCGGCGGCAGUGGCGGAAGGGGUGGUACGGGAGUAUGGAGAUGGAGGCACGGGACCGGAAGGCUUCGGUGGUUGCGGUGAGAAGGAGGAGGAGGAGGACGAGCAGGGGAACGUGCAGGAGGAGGAGCAGGAGGAAGCGGAGGAGGAGGAUGCCGCAGGUAGGCAGCGGCGGUUGCAGCGGCACGGCAUGCCGGCGUGCCUGGGCUGGGUGGAGUGCUCCGGCACCAUGCCGGUGGCAUCUCUGUCCCCGGGAAACCCGCAGGCGCUGUUCACACUAGGCGCCGAGCCAAGUGGGCGCGAGUACCUGGUGGCGUCUGUGAUAGGCUAGCCCUGAGACUCGCUGGGGCGAGGAACGACACGCGGGGCGAGCGGACCGUACAGCGUGUGCGGAGCGCGAUUUAUAUAUGUGCCGCCGUGACCUGGUGUAGCGGCAUGUAGCUGUUUGUGAGAUGAUUGAAUUCCAAGGGCUCUCAGCGGGUGCUUGACAGCCGGACAUUGGAACGGGUUUGGGUCGGCCAUGGUUGCACGGCCAACGUGCUGGUCAUUCUUGGG